AUCAUCGUGCUCUCCUGGCUUUUCACAAUCUUAAAGUAUAUGAACCCACUGAACUGGGGUGGGGUCUUUCUGGCUUAUGACAACAUGUGCCAUUUGGAUGGCCUAAAAGCUGCUAAAAAUCCCUUGCCAUGGGCAGCUCCUUGGGACAGAGCAUGGAUGUUUAUCCAAAAAAUGAUAGAUAGUUUGGACAUCCGCAACCACAAAGACCAGUCUUGCAAAGAAUCAUACAAUCCAGCCAGCCUGAAAAAAGAACUCCCUGAUGGCAACACUAUGGCUGCUGAGCAAACAUUUGUGUGGCUGUCACACUUUAAGAAAAUUUUAUGUGCCAUG